AUGAAGAGGGUGUACAUGCAGGAGUCGCCGCUCGCCAGUCCCUGCACGAUGCGGCAGAUCUCGUGGCUCUCCCCGCGAUCGCCGCCGGCUGGCCCGUGCUGCAGAAAGUGCAAUUCACACUAUUUAGAGGUUGCACAAAAACUGCAACGCAAUUUGCGUUAUCAGGGCGUUCGCCACGUGGGGACCAUCGCGAUGACGCAUGCGCUUCUCGUCCUGGUCGUGAUUUCAGCCGUCGCGGCAGGGCCAGCCAAAGCGCUAAUGAAACCCAAGAUUCGGUCUCUGAGCCCUGACGAAAGGAUGGGCCCAAAGGUCGUCCUGGAAGUGGAGGACCGCAACGACGACGAGCACCCCGAGUUCGAGCCGUAUCAAGUCGAUUUAUUCCCAGCAAGUCAGCACGUUCCACUGAAUGUGACGCAGCGCCAGCUACGACCGCCGCCGCCUCACGUCCCUGAACAGUAUGACGUGUUUGUCGGGCUGUCGUCGUUCCGGGACGGCGUGCGGUGUGGGUAUACGCUCUUCACGGGCUUCUUGCGUGCGGCUCACCCAUCUCGUGUUUUCUUUGGCGUGGUGGACCAGGUCGCGACAGACGACGUGCGGUGUGUGGACGCGUACUGCGACUUGGCUAGGGCCCGCUGGCCAGGCGAAGACGGCUGCAAAUACCGCCAUCAAAUUCGAGUGGACCAACGGCGCGCGAUCGACUCGCGCGGGCCGACACUAGCGCGGCAUUUCCAGCAACAGUUGAUCCAACACGAGGAAUUUUGUCUCCAGUUGGAUGCCCACAGCGUGUUCACUUGGCACUGGGACGUCUUUCUCGUCGCCGACUGGGCAGCCGCCAACAACGAGAUGGCGAUUCUGUCCACGUAUAUAUACGACCCUGACUGUGCCAUCAUCACCAAGAACGGCCAAAACACACCGCCGAAAGACCUCCCGCACUUGUGCCAAACCAUGCGCAGCGAAGGCGACAGCAUGGUCCGGAUCGUGGCGGCGGAUUUUUUGGUCGAGCCGCUGCAGCCGCAGCUCGCCGCGUUGUGGGGAGCUGGGUUUUCCUUUGGCAAGUGCCACGCCGAGAAGCGCGCGCCCGUCGACCCGCACACGUUGUGGUUGUUUGACGGCGAAGAGUUUUAUCGCGCGGCGUCGCUGUGGACGCACGGGUACGACAUGUAUUCCCCAACUAAGACUGGGACCGUGGUGUACCACAACUAUACGGCAGUUCCCAAGCGAUUUGAACAUGUCGAGGUGAACGAAGCUGCCAAGCGUGCGGAAACGUUAGCCGGCCUGAACCGUCUGAGGAAGCGGAUGGGAGUUCCGUACGAAGGACCAGUGCACGACGAGGACUGGGAGAAGUAUGCUUGGGGCACAGCGAGAACUUUUGAAGAGUAUGUGGCGUUUUCGGGAGUGGACCCUGCCAAGUUGCGCGAUCGGCAGAGUUGCUUUCAAUUGCACUGGGUGCCGUUUUCAAACCCGGCCGAGGUCCAAGCCGUUGUGCCCGGGUGGACCAUGUUUCCGGCGAUUCACGUGCCUUCUUCGCCAACUGCACCCAACGUAGCCAGCUUGUCUCCCGUACUGACAUCGAGAAAUUCGAUCCAGGCGGCGACAUGGCAGCCUUAUACUCGUGAACCAUCCACCUCUCGAUCCGUCGGAGCCACAACCCAUCAACCAGUCUUCACGGAUGCAUCGACGAAGUGGCCGUCAAGUACCAUAGCUGCCAUGAACCUUCGGAAGGAGCAACGCGUCGGACACGGUGAUGACAGUGCCAACGGGCAUGCCACCACGGCGUCUUCUGCAGGUCUUUCCUCCGGUCGAAGUGCCUUGCUGGUCAUGGCAGGCCUGGUCGUGCUAUUGAUGUUGGCAUUGUACACAAAGGACGGUGUGUGGCUUCGUUUUCGCCGAUUGUGUCGUACGACGCGCAUGCAGAAAGAACGACGUCGUUAACGUGAAUCGAGUCGCCGCAUGCGUUGCUCAAGAUACGCAAUACAGCGUGUCGCCGUGCAUACACAAUGGAGCGCGUACAAUCGACCUCCACAUAACUCGACAAGAUUGCGGUUGUACAAGGCAGUCCCGCGGACCAGACGGCGGCAUGUCGUCCUCGACCGCCAGAUUUCGCGCCAUCCGUCAAAUUGAAAACUGUGUGGCAAGAAUAAAAAUUUUAC